AUGUUGCGGAGACAGUUGAGGAGGGUGUUGUUGGUGAAACGGUUUGGGUUGCAGUUCAUUGAGGAUCGGAUUGGGGUUUUUGAUAUUCCGGGGUUGGAGAUUGAUACCGAGAUGGAUGGGUUGAUGGUGGUGCGGGGGAUGACGUUGAGGUUGAGUGCGAUGAGUUUGGUGGUUCAUGGGGUGGAGGUGGGGUUGAAGAUGGUGGUGGGGGAGGGGGAGGAGGAGGAGGAAAUCGAAAUCGGGAUUGCGUGUGAGGAGGUGGUGGUGAGGUUGGGGAGGGGCAUUGAAGUAGGAGAUUGUUUCGUGAGUGUGAAGGGUGGGGAGGGAGAGUUGAGUUUCAAAGAUGCGGAAAAUGGGACUGCACGGAAGGGCGAUGAUGAGAAAGGAGAGAAUGAGAUUUGGGAGGUGGAUUCGAAAAUGUUGAGAGCUGUUAAGGGGAACGAGGUGGAAUUUGAUAACGGGAUUGGGAACGUCAACGUCAACCAAAAUGAGGCUGGAAUGGUAAAAACCGAUAUGAUCGACGGACAUGCACCAGUAGAUACAGAUGUGAAAGAGGGCAUCAAAAUCAUCAGAACCAUCACUCCAGACGACACCGAAGCAGCCAACGAACAAUACAACAAGACCAUCGAGAUGAUCCGCUCCACAAACAGCAUUGAAAUCUGCCGUCAAGAAGUCCAGCACCUCGUGCAAUCCAAAGCCGAAAGAACCCCCCAAAGCACCGCCAGCCACGAAACCGUCAACCAAAACAGCAACAAUGAGAUCCGCGCCGCAAUUUGUUCUCAACUCCACCGCCAACCAUCCAUCACGCACCCUCCAUCCCGCUCCAUCAAAGUCACCACACUCCAAACCUUAGCACCACCCCACAUCCGCGCCAUUCUGCACCGCCUCCCCAUGCUCCUUCGUCUGCUCCUCCACCCGCUCGCGCACUUUCACCCCGUGAAAAUCUCCUCCCUCACAGCCACCGGAUCCGGAAAAUGGAUCCAAGAGAUCCUCUCCACAAAACUCUUCAAAAACACCACAAUUUACACACCCCCCUCCUCCCCCACCUCCCCCAUCUUCUCAUCCGCAUCCUUCGCGUCUCGCAGACCAUCCGAUCCCACCGCCGCCGACGACGACUCCGCCAUUCCCAAAAUCCAACAACGCAUCAACGAGUGGCUCUUACCCGCCAAUUUCGUGCUCCAGCUGGGUUCCAUUACUGGUCUUGCACAGGUCCCCUUCCUUUCCACAUACGAUAUCCACUGUUCGCUAUCCAGCAGCAACAUACAAGUCUACCGCACUCUCCCCUCCACCAUUGCAUUAAAACAAGUUGUGCGCCUCGGGGGCGCAGACGCCACAUUUGCGAUUCCGAGUUUUCUGCUGCCGCAUCAUGAACAUAUAUUACCCGCUCGAGCUGCUUCGUUCGAGAGAAGAAGGGAAGAAAACGGAGAUGGGAAAGUAGACCAAUCUACCGAAGAAAAAAGAGAUGAUGGAUCAAAAGAAGAUGAAUGCGUAGUUCGCAUAGCAGCACAUGCACAAUUACCCAUAGUAAUGGAUCAGGAGCUAUUAGAUUGGCUGGCGAGUGUUGUGAAGGCGAGUAAGGUAGUAGAAGUGGAGAGGGAGAAACGAUGGAUGGAUGAGGAGAUCCACGGAUUUCGGGAUUUGGUGGGGGUGGUGAAGGGAGGGGUGAAGGAUGCUCAUAAGGGAAUGAAGAAAACGCUUGUCAGCGCCACGGUUAACGAUAAAUGGAUCGCCAAAAUGGUAGGGAAGGUGACGAAGAAAUUGGAAGAGGCGAAGGGGGAUAUUGGAUAUGCGGGAGAUAUCAAGGUACCGCUGGGACCUUAUAGAUUAGGAGAGGAAGCGAGAGAGAGAGGAGAAGGAGAUAAGAUAUUGCCUUGA